UGUCAUUCGCAAGUCAUUUAAAAACAUUUAUUGCGGAAUUCUGAUAAUAUUGUCAGUUUCAUUCUGAAGUUGGAAACAAACAGAACUGUUUUCGAACAGUCAUAUCGCACAAUAUGUCCAUAUUGUUUCGGCAAUACAGCUCUGGUUCCUGUCAGUUUUAUCGUCACAUGAGCGUUGUUGCUUCGAUUCUACGGUAUAAUGAAUUCGGCGAUCCUGCGAAGGUUCUCCAAAUCCAUCAGGAAACUAUGCCUGAUCCUGGUACCGGAGAAGUUCUAAUAAAGACAAUCAGUGCUCCAAUAAAUCCAGCAGACAUAAACACAAUUCAAGGAAAAUAUCCCGUUAGACCUGAGUUUCCUGCUGUUGGUGGAAACGAAUGUGUUGGGGAAGUUGUCGCUGUUGGUGAGCAAGUGACUCGAUUAGCAAUCGGUGAUCGCAUAGUGCCAUUCGCUUCCGGAUUAGGCACAUGGCGAUCACAUGCCUUGUAUAACGAAACUAAUUUGAUGAAGGUUCCAGCGAAUAUUGGCAUUGCUGAAGCUGCCACCAUAACUGUGAAUCCAUGUACAGCAUAUCGCAUGCUGAAAGAUUUCGUAAAUCUAAAGGCUGGAGACUCGGUGAUACAGAACGGAGCAAACUCUGCUUGUGGACAAGCAAUCAUUCAACUUUGUCGCGCAUGGGGCAUUCAUUGUGUGGGAAUUGUCCGUGAUAGACCAGAAAUUAAUCUGCUCCGGAAUUAUUUAAAAGAUUUGGGAGCAGCGGAAAUUCUGACCGAGGAAGAGCUCAGAACCACGAAAAUAUUUAAGGAUGGAAUAUUCAAGAAACCCAAGCUUGCGCUGAACUGUGUAGGGGGAAAAAAUGCAUUAGAAAUUUCACGUCAUCUGGACAACCACGGAAUUAUGGUUACGUACGGAGGAAUGUCGAGGGAACCUGUCACUGUGCCGACUGCUUCACUAAUUUUCAAAGAUCUGCAGUUCAGUGGUUUUUGGAUGACUCGCUGGACGAAAGAUAAUGCCAAGAGUUCCAAACGAUCUGAAAUGUUUAAUGAGUUGUUCGGAUUAAUAGAAAAAAAUGCUUUUAAGGCACCAGCACACGAAAUGAUUUCCUUUACUGAUUACGUGACUGCUGUAACAAAUGCUUUGAGCAUUCAAGGAUUUGUGGGUAAGAAAUUUUUAUUUAAGUUUUAG